GCUAGUCAAGAAUUAUCGCAGCAUGGAGAUGCAGCCACAACUCGAGGACACAGCUGGAUACGCCUCCCUUCCCCGCGCUGCUGUCUCGGCCAACAACAGCCACCGUUGGUUGGAGCUCAUAACUACUUCCCGAUGGAAAGAUGCCAACGGGUCAGAACUCGGCCGUUGACGAGUAAGCCGGCACGGCGUCGCUGCACGCUAACUGCCUAUUGAUUCAAGAUCGUCAGCCAUGCACAAAAAUGCGGCGAUUCUGAACUCCGAUGGCCCAAGCUACCAGGUCAGUUUAAGAGGCCAAGCUUGCAUCUGCUCUGACGGCAAAACGGCCGCGCGCCGGAAGCUUGAUUGGCUGGAAACUGAGCCAAACUCUGAACCAGAUGCCCCUGGCCACGGCCUCAUGCAGGGGCACGCCCGUUUCGACUGGCACCCUCGGGCAAGUGACUGGCAGAUGGAAACCCGACGCAACCUCAAAACACCAUCCCGAGAAGCUUGUGACUGGUGACACAGACAUCG